AUGAGAUUAACGGAAAUACGUUUAUUAGUGCUGCUUGGGUUUCUACAAGUAAUAGCUAAGAAUGAAGGUCGAACUAUUUUUAAAACUCCAAAAAUUUCAACUGAGUUCACCGAAGAAACACAUAAAAAUGAUCAAGCGAACGAAGGCAGUAUUCCAGCGAAAGAAGAGAACAUCGAGAAAGACAACGAAAACCAGCGACUAAAGUCUUUGAUAGAAGAGCUUUUACUGAAAGGUGGAAAUAAGGUUAUAACAGAACAACUACUAAAUCCAAACUAUUAUGAAAGAAAGAGUGAUACUGAAGAAAGCAAGUACGAUAUAAAUCAGAGCAACUCAACCAAUGGUGGCAACCAAAUCGAAUCUAUGAGCACACAAACUCCAGAAUUGUCAACCAAUGUAACUCCUGAAGGAUUGAAAAAUAUAACAAAUUUCGACAAUCAGAAGCUACCCAGCACGAGUAGUGAAACUUCUUUUAAUUCCACUCAGAACGACACAAACCACACCACACUCAACCCACUGGAUACUGCAGAGCGACAUGCCGCGAUAUCGCUCCAUAUUUUCAGCACGAAGGAACAGAACGAGACUGGGGAUCAUCCAAUAGAUCACUUUAGCAUAGGCAUUAAGAAUGUUGGCAACAAUGAAACUCUGAAGCAGCAGUUGGACUUUUUACAAAAGAAUGCGGAAAAUAUCAAAAAACAACAACACAUAGUUGGUGAAAAUGAUGUGAAUAUUCUUGAAAGGGCUGAAUGUACUAAUAUAUACCUAUCGGACACAGUGGAUGCAGUAAUUAAUAAUAUAAACAGUAGUUACGAAAACUUGACAGCCAAUGUUGCCACAAUUUACAACCAAAAAGUCAGUCAGGCUUCCUUAACCAUUGUUUCACCAGAAUUACCAAUGCCUCUAGUGCAACCAACAGAUACUAAUGAAGAACCUGCUAAUUCAUAUGCACUUCCUAUCUUGAAGGAUCUUACAACUAUAGUAGGACAACAAAAUGAGUCUACAAAUCUUGGUGAUGAGUCGUCUUAUAAUGACAAUCUGAUAUUAUCCAAAUCUCAGGAUCAACCCGGUGUUACCAACGGGAGUCAUCAAGCAGAAAUUAGGCUGUCUGAUGAUAAGAUCUCAGAACAACAAGAACAUGGCACUCACUAUGUUACUCAAAAGCAACCGUUGAAUUAUAACAAUGAAGUGGUUAUCGGCACGACUUCAUAUGAGACGACGAAACUUCGCCAACCACCAGCAAAACCGUCUAAGGAAAAGCAAUCUCCAACUUCAGAUGACAAAACGAGCUCAGGGCUUUUAUUAAAUGAAGAUUUGUCACAAUCCAGUGAAUUGAUGGAUAUUAAUGGAUAUAGCGCACCACAAAAGUCAGCCGUGGGUUCUUUAUUUGAGCCCUCGGAGCCAACAAUAUCCACAAGCACAUUAUCCCAUACUUUUGAAACAGCAAAUAUAGAGGACACUUUUAAGCGUCUCACCGAAAUAUUUGAUGAGUAUUCAGUACCUAUUUCUAGCGUGUUGCAGCAACUAUCGGUUGGCCUCGAGGCAAACCCAGAAAUCGCAAAUUUACACACGAGUACGCACGAAAUUGAAAAUGCUCAAGGAACUCUCGUUUUGGCAGGAAACCUUGAACGGCCUGAUGUAAUAAUGCCUCUGUUGCAUGAUGAAACCGACUCUAUGGAGCUUGGUUAUGGCUCGGAUUAUAGCAUAUUUCAGAGCCAGAUGAAUUUAUCAAAUUUCAUACGCACUAAAGAGGUUGCAAGUGACGAGAAAAGUUCGAACGAAAGUCUUGCUCAUGAAGUGCUUGAUAGUGACAAAGACUCAGUAGAUGAAGCACCACAUUCUAGUCAACUCAACACACCAACAACGAAUUAUCAAUCGGAUGAGUAUGGCGAAGGUAAUGAAAGUGAGCACGAACUAAAUGACACGUCAGCAACAGAGUACAGUAAUGUAAAUGUUGUAACCACAAACCCAGCAGCAACAGAAACAAAAGUUUCAACAACCAAAAUGACAUUAUUUGAUGCAACCACAACGCCAUUCGCAACCGAUCCGAUGGCAACGAUUGCAAAUGAGCCAGCAAACAAUUUAGAGCAUCUGGAAGUGGCAAUUGGAAACGAUGUAGGAAAGGAAAUUGAAAAUAUUGACAAAACCAAUGAAAUGCAAGUGGAAACUAUUCACCAACAACAACAGCAACACCAACACUUCGCAGCCGACACAGCGUUACUUGCGGAGAAUACAAACGACAAGUCGGCCUGGGUGGCCAACGGAUUACAACACAUCAGCAACACGCUUUCGGCACAACCGGGCAAGACGACAAAUCCAGAGAAUGCGGAGGAGGAGCACAAAGGGGUGCCAAAACCGGAAGUGAUGUGCAACAAAACGGAGAUAAUUAAAAGUGAGCAGUACAGCAAAACAAAUGAAAAUGGAAAUGAAAAUGAAACCGAGAAUGAAAAGGCAGACAUGAUAUCUGGAGGACGUGUGUUGCUCGGACGCUCUUUGAGUUAUACGAUAAGCUGUCAUAUCAGCAAACACGAAGUGCCCACUACAAUCGUACGAGUCGUACAUGCAGCCAACACUACUGAUGAAAUUGACAAUAACCGGGAGAAAAUAAUAAAAAAUCAUGAACAGUUGACAAUUACAAGUGCCGAUGACAGCAGAAAUGGACUGCCAGUGGGAACCCUGAAGCCCUUGGACGCCGAGCCGACAGCGCAGCGCACUGAAACGGACAGCACUGAUGACAAAGCGAAUGAAGGCGCCGCUGAUGUAGGUGUAGGCAGCGCUGACACUGAUGGCAAUAGAUAUUAUGGCGUAGGCAGUGAAGAUGGGGACAGUGCGGAGGAAGGAAUGGAAAGCGGCGAAAAUUACUACAUUGAUGGGGUUGAGCAUGAAAUUGAUGGCGAUACCGAUGGUGCUGCUGAUGUUGAUGGCUAUGUGACCGGCGCUGCAUCGUUUCAUGUUAAUGGCAUUCAAAGCCGUGUGAGGCAGGCAGCUGCAAUGACAGCAGUCGCACAAUUGACAACCAGUUUAGAAACAGAUAAUGACAAAACAUACGAGUAUGACACUCGACAGCCACUCCAAGGCGGCUUGAGUGAUAAGGACGUCAAUUUCCAAAGUGUCGAGCAUGUGGCAGCAAGCGUCGUCAACAGCAAAAUCACCAAACAAGUGGACAGCAGUGAAGGUGGCGCUGACAAAGAUUACCAAGAUAAUGAUGGCAACGAUGACAACGAUGAUGGUGACGAUGAUGACGAUGAUAAUGAAGGCAAUGCAUCCAUUGAAGCCGUCGAAUUUGUGACCAGUGAUUACCAAACGGAGAAUGACAGCAAAUAUCGAGAAGCAGCGCAUAUUGGCAGCGUGGACCUUGAACCCAACAGCAUUGCUGUAACUGCCGAUGCUGACGGAACGUUGGAUGUUGAUAAUGUGUUGCAAUACAAGCUUGCCAAGGCGGAAGCUGACGCCGUUGAAGCGCAGGAAAAUAUCGAGAACUACAAUGCAGAGCUGUUGAAAACCGAGACAGAAUCAACAAAAUUGAAAAAUGCCAGCGGUGGAGUUAGUGACGCGAACAGCGACGAUUCCGAAGAGGACGACAACGACGAUGACGGCAAAGGCGGCGGUGGUGACGACGCUGACAGUGAUGAGGACGAGGAAAUGGCGGAUGUGAGUGGCACAGCUGAUGAUGCUGAAGCGGAAGAUUCCUCUGCUGCUGCCACUGAUCCGAUGAUUGCUGCGGCAGCUGCCACUAAAGCGAACGGCGACGACGUCAAAGCGCGCAGAGCAAUGCAUCGCGCUGACACCGCUUCAUAA